ACAUCACAAACAUGCAACUUUUGCUUUCAAAAACUCCGGCAUCCGUACGAAAGAAUUAAGAACAAGCAGAACAAGACUGUAAGCGGCCCUUUCAUAUGUCACAAUCUGCAUUGUCUAUCAGUUGCUUUAAAUCAAGCCACUCACGGGAGAGAUACACUUUUCGCAGCAGCUAUAGCUUUUCCUGGUGCUUCCUUUGACCCAAAAAUAAGUCAAAAAAAAAAAUACUUAUGA